CACGAAGACUAAAAAGGUAGAUCAUAUAACUCCAGUCCUGAGGUCGUUGCACUGGCUUCCUGUCUGUAAAGAAUUGAUUUUAAAAUACUGCUGUUGGUUUAUAAAGCACUGAAUGGUUUGGGUCCAAUAUAUAUUUCUGAUCUACUGGUACAUUACGAACCAUCCGACCCCUGAGGUCGUCUGGAACAGGUCUGCUUUCUGUUCCCAGAGUCAAAACUAAAUGUGGAGAAGCAGCAUUUAGUUUUUAUGCUCCACAUAUCUGGAACAAACUCCCAGAAAACUGCAGAUCUGCCAAAACUCUCAGUUCUAUUAAAUCAAGACUGAAGGCUUUUCUUUUUGCUGCUGCUUUUAAUUAAAUCAUCAAGGUAUUUUAAUUCAUAUUUAUGCUGCACCGUAACCGUUUUAAUCUGUUGUUAAUUUUUUUGUUUUUAUUUUUAUUACUUUUUUAUUUAUUUUUAUAUAUUUUCUAUGAACUCUUUUUAAUGUCUUUUCUUUUUAAAUGUUGCUUUGUGAUGCAUUUAUGUUUUAUGUAAAGCACUUUGAAUUACCAUGUUGUUGAAAAUGUGCUAUAGAAAUAAAUUUGUCUUGCCUUUCAGUGAACAUUGUAAAGCUCUUGUAUUUCACUUAAGUUUAAGAUUAGAAUUUUUUUCACAUUCAAACAGAGAUGGGUUUCAUAUACUUAAAAAUAACUCAUAUUGUGUUACACUACAUUAAAGUUAUUUUAAUUAUUAUUUUUGUUACACAAAGGCAUAAAAGAUGUAGGGGGAGGCAACAAUUCACAUGUCCUGUUUUGAAGAAUGGGGCCCGAUAAAUUUUUAUUCUCAGUCCAGAAGACAAGUGCUGUUAAUGAACUCGUAGUCAGAAUUUAAACAGAAGUGAUCUUUAUCUGCUGUUUCUGCUGUCAGUGAUGAGUGGAACAGGUCAUACCUGUCUCUCUAAAACUCCUCCCAUUAAGGAAGUGCAGAGUCCGAGAGGACUGCAGUCCUUUUGCAGUGUUCUGCUCUGGUGAGUUUAGUUUUAUUCUCGGUUUAUGGAGAAUUCUGAGUCUCAUUUUCAGCUCUGUGAAAGGAAGUGAUUACUAACUGGACCUGCAAAGUCGUAUAUUAACUUUAAACAAACCUGAAAUCAGGGUGUGAUUACUUUUGAUCAAAGUGAAAGUGAAUCUGAACAUUCGGACUGGAGAGAACAACAACAGCAGCAAAAUAAAAUGGCUUCUAAGUUUUCAAAGGAGGAUUUCUCUUGUCCUGUGUGCUGUGAAAUCUUCACGGAUCCUGUUGUUCUGCGCUGCAGUCACAGUGUGUGUAAAGUGUGUUUGCAGAAGUUCUGGGAGACCAAAGGAUCCAGAGAAUGUCCUGUUUGUAGGAGGAAGUCGUCUAUGGAGGAACCUCCCACAAAUCUGGCCUUAAAGAACCUGUGUGAGACUUUCUUACAGGAGAGAAGUCAGAGAUCUUCAUCAGCGUCUGAAACAGUCUGCAGUCUGCACAGUGAGAAACUCAAACUCUUCUGUCUGGAUGAUCAACAGCCGGUGUGUUUGGUGUGUCGAGAUUCAAAAAUACACACCAACCAUAAAUUCUGCCCCAUUGAUGAGGCAUUAACAGACCGUAAGGAGGACCUGAAAACUGCUCUGAAGCCCCUACAGGAGAAACUGAAGAUCUUUAAAGACUGUAAACUGAACUGGAGUCAGACUGCAGAACAUAUAAAGAUUCAGGCCCAACACACAGAGCGGCAGAUUAAGGAGGAGUUUGAGAAGCUUCACCAGGUUCUACGAGAUGAAGAGGCAGCCAGGAUAGCUGCACUGAGAGAGGAAGAGGAGCAGAAGGGUCAGAUGAUGAAGGAGAAGAUUGAGAAGCUGAGCAGAGACAUAUCAUCUCUUUCAGACACAAUCAGAGGCGUAGAAGAGGAGAUGAGAGCUGAAGACGUCUCGUUCUUACAAAACUACAAGGCCACAGUGAAAAGAGCUCAGUGCACACUGCAGCAUCCAGAGGAGCUUUCAGGACCACUGAUCCAUGUGGCAAAACAUCUGGACAACCUGAAGUUCAGAGUCUGGGAGAAGAUGCAGGACGCUGUCCAAUACACACCUGUAACUCUGGACCCCAACACUGCUCAUCCUAAACUCAUUGUAUCUGAUGAUCUGACCAGUGUGAGAUUCAGUGAUGAGAAACAGAAGCUUCCUGAUAAUCCAGAGAGAUUUGAUGAUUAUUGCUGUAUCCUGGGCUCUGAGGUCUUUAACUCAGGGACACACUGCUGGGACGUUGAAGUAGGAGACUGUACAGGGUGGUUAGUGGGUGUGAUGACAGAAUCUGCUCAGAGGAAGGGAGAGAUAUUCUCCAGAAGUGGAAUCUGGUGUGUGUGGUAUUCUGGUGGUAAAUAUAGAACAUGUUCUACACCACAGCCACACACUCUCCUCUCAGUAACACAGAAGCUCCAGAGGAUCAGAGUGCAGCUGGACUGGAACAGAGGAAAGCUGUCGUUCUCUGACCCUCUCACUAACACACACAUACACACUUUCACACACACAUUUACUGAUAAAUUACUGCCAUUUAUAUGGGUUGCUUGUGAUAAAUCUCCUGUAAAGAUCCUCCCACUUCAGUGCUCUGUAAGAGUGAAUCAGAUCAGUUAAAGCUGAUAUUGUUUUAUUCCAAUUCAUUAAUGAAAUAUUGCUGAUGAAAAGAUUCACGUUCUUUGUGAAAGUCUGUUUUUACUGAAGCACUGAACACUUCAUUGUGGAAUUUAUUUUGAAGUGUGUAACGACACAAGACGGUUAACAGGAAGUAAGCGCAGGAGCAAUGUCUUUAUUAAUAAACCAAGCAAACAAAACACAGGGAACGCGGUCUAUACUGAACUAGACUAGCUAGAUUAAACAUGGGACUAGAGUCUAGGCAUUACACGAAAACAGGACAUGGAAAUAAGACCGCUAGCAUGCUGCACGCAUUCGCUACUACAUUCAAACAUAUGGCUCUAAUACUGCGCGAAGUGCACAGCAACACAAGGGGUUUAAAUAACCAACAUAAUUAAACUAAAUCACCGACACCUGGAGUAAAUCAACCAACGCUUGCACACAGGGAGAAUCAAAACAAACGAACCGCGCGUGUCCAUAUACAAGAGUCUCGUGCACGCGCGCUCAGCAGCAGUCUUUGCGCUUCGACGCCGCAGCGCCCUCUGCCGGCGGUAGCGUAACAAAGUGUUCUAUUAUUAUUUCGACUCAUCUUAUCAGUUACAUCAAAAUAAUGUGUAAACUCAAAAUAAUAAGAUAAUAUCUCAGAUAUUAAUAUAUCUUGAAAUUCCAAGAUAUUCAUUGAAAUAUUUUAAGUGAAAAUAACGACCUACUGUGUUGAAAUAAUGAAUUAUUAAAUAAAAAAUAAUGGGAUAAAGUUCAAAUAACCACAUAGUACAUUUCCCCACAACUUUCAGUUCAGGGCUUCCAGAAACAAAUAAACCACAGAAUGAAUUUAAAAUCAUAAAAAUAUGUUUAAACAUAGAUCUCUAUCUCUAUUCAUUUUAUUCCUGAAUUUAAAUCAUUGUAAAUAAACUGAGGCUUUGAAGACUGGUGUCUUUACUGUAUUUGUAUUGUUAGCGCUAUGCUGUUAAUCCUGGGUGAAAUGUUUAGCUGGAUGUGUGUGUUAUGUGUGAAAUUGUGCAGUGGAGGAGAAUUCAAAUUGAGCUCUAAGUUUCCCUCCACCAGCAGUUUGUGGUUUUGUAAAGAUCAGAUGGAUCUGUAUGUUAAUCCUGCAUUAGGUGCUGAUUCACAAUUUAA